GACAAGUGACGAUGUGCUUCCCUAUUGGUUAACAGCCCGCAUCAGACAUCUAGUUUUAUAUUUGGGAUAUCUACGGUUGACGGUGUGCAGGCUGAACUGUCAUUCGCCCUUGCGAGUUUCCAAGUUACUUUAUCUGGGCUGCCUUAUUCUGAUACCAACAACAAUGGCGCCCUUGUCGGCACCCCUGUCGGGUCUCCUGACACAAGGGAAGGCCAGUCUUCUCUGUCGGCACGUCUUGAAGGCUUCGCAUUAUUUCGGCGGAGUGUCUCGUGGACGGAGUGAACUGCUUUCUCGACUGUCUAUCUCGGCUCAGACCGACUGCCCAUCCUCUCUGUGCAGUAGCUCCGCAGAGAACCUGCGGUCUGUGUACAACCAUACAAAAAGACACACACAAGAUGUCAUGCCAUCCAUCUCCAGUGCCUCCGUUGAUCCUGACACCAUCUUCGCUAACAACGAGAUGAGUCUGCGGGACAUCGAAGUCUACGGCUUCGACUAUGACUAUACACUGGCCUUUUACUCCAGUCACCUCCACACACUUAUUUUCACCAUAGCACGAGACAUCCUCAUCAGCAAGCACAGGUAUCCCGAGGGUCUAAGGGAUUAUGAGUACAUUCCUAAUUUCGCUGUGAGAGGCCUUCACUAUGAUGUUCAGAAGGCGCUGCUAAUGAAGAUCGAUGCGUUCCACUACAUCCAACUAGGCACAGUGUACAGGGGUCUUAAUCCAGUCCCUGACGAAGAAGUCAUUGCCAUGUACGACGGCUGCCACAUCCCACUUGAGAUUAUGAGCGAUUUCUACGGCAAGAGUUCUCAUGGUCACUCCAUGAAACAGUUCAUGGACAUCUUCUCGCUGCCAGAGAUGACUCUCUUAUCAUGUGUCAACGACUUCUUCCUGAAGCAUAACAUCGAUUAUGAACCUGUGCACCUGUAUAAAGACGUAAAGGAAGCUAUCAGAGAUGUUCAUGUUAAGGGCAUUAUGUACCGAGCUGUUGAGGCAGAUAUUGGUAAAUACAUUUGCUAUGGCGAGCAAAGCCACGCUGUGCUGAAAAAGUUGUCGGAACACGGGAAGAAGAUGUUCCUCAUUACAAACAGCCCAUACGACUUUGUGGAUCGAGGCAUGAACUACAUUGUCGGGAGUGACUGGAGGGACCUUUUUGAUGUAGUUAUAGUUCAGGCUGACAAACCUAGUUUCUUCAAUGACAGAAGAAAGCCUUUCAGGCGCGUCACUGACAAAGGUGCUCUACUCUGGGAUAGAAUUCACAAGUUGGAAAAAGGGCAGAUCUACAAACAGGGAAACCUCUAUGAGUUCCUGAGACUGACUGGCUGGAGAGGAUCUAAAGUGCUCUACUUUGGUGAUCACAUCUACAGCGACUUGGCAGAUUUAACCCUGAAGCACGGCUGGAGGACAGGAGCCAUUAUCCCUGAGCUGAGGAAGGAAAUCAAGAUCAUGAACACAGAGGCGUAUGUGCACACAAUCAGCUGGAUACAGGCACUGACAGGCCUCAUUGAGCAGAUGCAGGUCCACAGAGAUCCCACCUCUCAGGCUGUGGUGGACGAGUGGAUACAAGAGCGAGAAGCUAUGAGACCUCAGACCAAGGAGAUGUUCAACCGUCACUUCGGGAGUCUGUUCCGCACGUACCACAACCCCACGUACUUCUCGCGACGACUCUCUCGUUUCGCUGACAUCUACAUGGCAUCCAUCAGCUGCCUGCUCAACUACGACUUCCAGCACACCUUCUUCCCACGACGAACUCCCCUGCAGCAUGAGUCCCCCUUUGGACAAGGACAGUCUCCCCCUGGGCAGUUUGAUCCACGGACACCUUCUUCACACAGGUGCUAAGGGUGUUCGCGUUAUAGUAAGAGAAACGUGCUCUAUUGUCUCCAUGCAGAGUAAUGGGACAAUGCUUUUUAAUCAUAACAAAACAUUCAUCUUCAUUUCUGUCCAUUAAACUUGAACAAGGCAUCAUUUGCAUUUAGAUUCCUAACUGGGACUCGGCAAACUAUGGCUAGUAGGCUACAUGUGCACCAUGUACUUAGCCUUGUAUCGGUUCGUCAAUCCAGCCCAUCAAGCUUACGCUAAUUUAUUUAAGGAUGAGAAAAUAUGUACGGGACUCUUCAGCUUUAGUAUUAUUUUUAGAAAUUUCAAAUAAGAAUUUUGAAAAUAAGAGUUAUUUAAUGGAACAAAAACUAGAGGACUCUUGAGUUUACUAUUUUUGAAUAAAAAAAAACAACUCAAGGCUCCUCUAAUACAAGAUCAUAUUCAUAGCAUUCAUUGAUUGUAAUGCUCCGCUUAUCCGCAGAUGUGCUGGGGUCUAUCCCAGCUAACUACAGGUGUAGGUGGAAUACACCAAGAAUUACUUGCCAGCCAAUCACAGGGCACCAGGAGACACGCAACCAUUCACGGACAAACUUAUACCUACGGACAAUUUGAAGUGGUCCAUCAGCCUAGCAUUAGUGAUGCAUUCUAAAAAAUGAAUACAAAAUGACAAAGAACAAUAGUUUUCAGAAUAAAAGCCAAUUUAAUGCAACUAAUAUUACCCAAUUCAUUUAAUAUAAAUUGCAAAAAAAUUUGAAGUCAUAGACUUCAUUGAAUUGAUACAAAAAAAAACCCCAAAACAAAUAUAAGGUCGUUUAAUAUUUGUCACAUCAAAUUAGCAAAUUUUCCUCCAAAUACUGAUCUUAGUUUUGAUUCACUUUAGUUAAAUAUUCUUUAAUCAGUGGAUAGUAAUAAUAGUGUUAAUUAUAUUUAUUUGAAAAAAUACAAUUUAAGUAUGAUAGUGAAUUAUGAUUCUCUUUUUAAAAUAGCCUAUUUCACAUUAUGUUUUAGUGUGUUUUCUUUUCUGCUACUCAUCUACAAUGACCUGGUCCAACUUUCCAUUUAAAAAAAAAAAUGUGGCUGCAAAAACUUGCCCAUUUAAGUUCUAGAUACAAGCUAGGUUCAGACCGCAGGUCGUAAUGUACAAUUCCGAUUAUUUUUGGUCAUAUCAAAUCUUUUAGUGUGCCCAUUCAGUCUGUUGUUGCAUUUGUAAUUGGUGCAAGAAUUCCCAUUUGGGAGUCUUGAGAGUUCAGACUGCAGACACAUUCUGAAAAAUGUGGCCCAGAUCAGAUUUAAAACCACAUAUGAAAGUGGCCUAGAUCCGAUCUAAAAUUUUCCGCUUCCAUGCGACUCGUCUUAUUGAGACUGUCAAGAAAGUUCUUACUCGAGUCGGACAAAGGCGAAAACAAUCGGAAUUGGGUCACUUCAUCCUGUGGUGUGAACAUAGCCUAAAGGCCGAAACACACAGACUCCGCUGCGCUACGCUCAGCUCCGUUCCGAACGACGCAACAAAUAAGUUUGUAUUGUAGUCAAUACGAGGUGGUCCACAUGAUCCGCUCAGUUCCGAUCCGGAUGGGCCUAAGUCCACCUCUCUGAUCCGGCAAAACUAAAAUACGUACGAGGUCUAUUUUCUGGUCCGUCAACCUGCUGCCGGAUCAAGCCCUACCAUUUAGCACGUACCGAACAGGAAAUAGAAAGGCAGCAAUAUCCAGUCUUUCAAAGUAAAUCAUGUUAAUAAAAGUAUUAUGCAUCUAAUUUUAACCAUAUUUAAUUGAAAUUUACACAAAACAAAAUGUAUACAGAUCAUUUGCACGGGAUAUACAGUGCUCGUUUAUCUCCAAACAAUAUGUUUUAAAAUGACUAAAGGAAAAGACAUUCUUCCUAAUACUAUUGUAGCGAUAGGAAGUGCUGCAUUGGUCAUCAGCGUGACGUAUUGGUGUUUUUGAUGCCGCAACGCGAAGAGAGCGCGGAGGAAAAAUAAACAUUAAAAGUGAGCUAGACUUCUGUGCUGAUUCAUUGAAACUAGUGUUGCACCGAUACCAUUUUUUGGCCCCGAUACCAAUACCUGGCUGUGCAGUAUCGGCCGAUACCGAUACCACCCCGUUUAUAUAUAUAUAUAUAUUUUUUUGUCCCCAAAGAGCUACAUAAUUGGAUGUGAGAUCAUUGCUAUCAAGGCUUUGUCAGGCUGUUGCUUACAUUUGCAAAAUAGGAAAAAGACUAGUACAAAGUAUAAUACUAGCCCAACAGUAACAAAGUAAAAAUAAGUUCAUAAUAAUGAACUCUGAAUGAAAUGAGUAAACUUUUUUAAACCUCUCAAAGGCCAAAAAGUGCAACUUUUUAAUGAAUUUAUUGUCACAUUCUGCUGCUGGUUAGAUUGUGUUUUGUUGCUGGGCUGUUAGUGGGGGCGUUCCUGACGUCGCAAUUGAAUCCAAUGCAGGCUCAUCAACGCAGCAUUUAAGCACGGGUGAGCUCAGAGAAGGCUGCCGAGAUAUUUGCUUUGCUGAUCGCCAUUUGACAUCUCGCACUAUAGUCUCGCGACAUUUGCUUGUUACGCCCCUGCAUUGUGUUUUUUCUGUUAGUGUGCUGCACUCAUUUGUAACCUCUACCCUGUGCAGGUAUUUGAGUGUUUUUAUUUUGGCUUUUUGGCUCGCUGCCUAUCGUCUUAGUUAACCUUCGAGUUUGUAGUAUUGAGCUCCGUCGACCUGCUAUCACGGACUCCUUUUGUUAUUUCUACUAUCCCGCGAUCGCGUGUUAUUUUUUGUUUGCAAUCAUUAAACCCUUGUACGUAUCCCCCGCUUGUUGUCCGCUUCGAGGUCCAAACUUGUUUUCGCAUUUGCGGACGCUAACAAUUAUAAGUAAUAAUAAUUGACCACAGCAUCCCGUCUCUCUAUUAGCCUCCUUUUUUCGAGGGGGGGGGGGUCCCUUAUUUCUAUUUCUGAAAGGUGGCAACCCUACUUGGAAACAGUUCCCAAAUUACUGCAGCAUUUCUUUAAGUAAAAGACAAAGUAAAGUUGACGUAGUGAACUGACCAGAGAUUGUUGCACCGGUCCAGCGCCCUUCCUCUGGAUAGCAGUCCUGCUGUUGCAGGCUCAAACUUGUUGUGUUCGUUCACGUUUCGUCUUCAAAUGUUUUAUCAGGCUCGAGGUAUUGAAACUGGCCGAUUUAACUCCACAUCUCGAAACUUUCAGGCCGCAAAUCUUGCAUGCAUCCAUUGAUUUUAAUUGACGGGAUUUCUAUUUUGAAAUAUUUCCCGACCGCCGCCAUGUCGGCGCCGCCAAGCGGCCUUGUCAUUGGUCAGGAGUGGCUAUUGGCCCGUUCUCAUUGGUCUGGAGCAGGGCAAUAGCGAUAGCUGCUUGGUGUUCACGUGUCAUCACACAACACAGAGACAGAGUGUAGUGAGCGCCAGGAGAAAAAAAAAAAGGCUGCGGUCAAAUGUUAUAAUAAUGGACCGGUAAAUGGUAUCGGCGCCGUCUUUGUUGGUACUCGCCGAUAACGACACCACCAUUUCGGGCCGGAUCGGCACCCCCUGCUGAUACUAGUAUCGGUAUCGGUGCAUCUUUAAUUGAAACUAAUUGCCCCUGACAAUUCUUACAAGUGCUAUACUAUGUUUGUGUAUGUGCGCGCGUUAGAGGCCCAAACUUUAAGCCCAAACUUGACCCGACCCGAAUUUCGAGCAGGGUCGGGCCUAAAAUGUCAAUUAUUACGUUCGGGUCGGGCUAGGCUUCUCUCUCGCUAACUUUUUUGUAAUAAAUAUAUAAUUAUAUAUGUAAACUAAAACAAUGUAUGGAUGUUAAACUAACUUGUUAUAAAAUAAAUAAUUUGGAUGAACAGAGAAGGCGUUGCAUGGGAAUUGUGAACAGGAGGCGCGCAGAACCUCUCCUUGUUAGAGAGGCGCGUCCAUGUGAGCACAAUAUCCCACACAGAAACAAACUUUUCCAGCAUUAUUUCAUUGUGUAAAUGCAUUUAUAAUGAUUAUAAAAAUAUGUAGACUAUUUAAACACUUAAAAAAUGUGCGUUUUUUUUUUCUGCAAACUCGGGGAAAUUAAAAUAAAUGUCAAAUGGGUUGCUGCAUUUAAUUGCCAAGGAAAUGAAACAUGAACUGUCCAGCUGAUAGAACACACACACAAAUAUAAUGAGAAUGAAUUUAUAUAGCUCUAAGUGUUUAUUGAAUAUGCAUAUACAGUCUUGUCUAAGUGGGAAAAUUCUUUACAAAAGACAGGCUUUAAUUUGUUUUUCCAAGCAGUGCUCUGUCCAUGUCUGACUGACGCAUCGCAUCCCCGUGCUCCUUCUCCUGAGUCCUCACAAAUAAAACAUAACAUUUCGGAUUCGAGCUCGGGCCUGCAAGUCAAUUUAAUUGAUUGGGCCGGGUCGGGCUGGAUUUUUUAGCUCUGAUCGUACCUCUAGCACGCGUGCGUGCAUAUAGAUUUGUAGGGGCGGGGGGUUGCAUCCGUGGGUUAUUGUGUGCUUUUCUGUGUGUUGAAUUGAAUUUAACUGUAGCUAAAGUGCAUUGGCCUUUGUGCAUUUUUGGCGUGUUUUCCCCCUGACAAUACUGUCACAAUAAUGAACUUUGUGUUGAUCUGAUCACGUAGCUUCCUCCGUUUUGCGCAUGCGCGUCUAGAGUCCGCGGGUGUAUGGACCGCAUGAGAGUCGUAUGCUGUGGGCAUUGGGCAUCGCAUUCGAUCUGCAUUGAAUUUGUUGCGUCAUUUGGAAUGGAGCUGAGCGGAGCGCGGCGGACUCUGUGUGUUUUGGGGGUAAAUAUGUGAGUGUGUACGUAUGUGUGCACCUGUUUCUAAAAUGACUAACGUAGCUGCAGUCACACAGUCUUAAGGAGAGUCUGUAAUCAAAUCCUACAGGUAAAGAAAGGUCAUAUUCUACUAUUCCAACUUUAUGGCUUCCAUAUUCAAGCCGUGUGAAUGACCACUUUUAACGACUUUAAUACAACUCAUAUUUGCUAAUCAUAGGUUUGAUUAUAAUUAGGGUUGGGCAUCGUUUGAAUUCGAAUGGUUCCGAUUCCACAUUUCGAUUCUGGUUCCAAACGAUUCUCGAUUCCGAUUCUUUUAAUAGACAGGGUAAAAAAAAAAAAAAGCAGUUUUAUGUUCAUUUCUUAACUUCUUUAUUAUUUUUUGAAUUAUAUUCUUUUAAUUAACUAUACUAUAACAGAUAUCAAUCUUUGAACUUUAAUAUGGUAAAGUUUGUUUUCACAAGAGUGCACUUUCACAAAGAUGUUUAUUUUUCAAAAGCUCACCGAGAAAACAUUUACACAUAUUCUUUUGCCUAUGCUGUAGAGCAGGGGUGGGCAAACUGGUCCUCGAGGGCCGCAGUGGGUCCUGGUCUUUGUUCCAACUGAUCUAGCACAGAGCUUUUAACCAAUGACAUUUCAAUGGAAACAAGAAGCACCUGACUGCAAUCAACUGAUUGCACUUAUAACACACCAGCUUGGUGAAAAAGUGUCCUCUUGAUGGGUUGCAGUAAAAACCCACACCCACAUCGGCCCUUUGUGGAAUAGUUUGCCCACCCCUGCUUGAGAGUGUCUUAUGCUGCAGGCAUUUUUACAUGUUAUUGAGCUCCCACUAAUGGGCUAACCUGGUGCAGAAUAUGAAACAAACAAAACAAAACAAAAUAUUCCAGAUUAGCAGCGGGUACAGUAUAAAAUCAGAAGCAGUUUUUGUUGAUGAAAUUGAUCAUAUCUGCCUUCUUAGGCAGUAAGCGUGAGCGUUCUGGACAGAUAGUAUCUCCUGCAGUGGAGAACACAUGUUCACUGGCUGUAAAUGAAGCUUGGAUGCAUAAAUAUGAGAGAGCGAGAAAAAGUCUCAAAUAUUACUUAGGGAUAAGGUUGCUGUGAGCCGCUACGCACUUUGCAUACAAGUACCUUAGCUGGGAGCUACGAUGAAGCAUUAUUAUAAAUUCUUCUAUUGAUUAUAAUUUGAUGUAGAUGAGGCAAAAUAAUAUGGAUUUCCUUUUUUGUAAAACCCAUUCUAAAACAAAAGAUGCUUUUAAUAUUGUUGAUUUUAACAGAGGCGGCAACGCGCUACGUAAAGUAGGUAGCUGCUUAUAUACCUGCAUUAGCCCUAUGUAAUCAUCCCAUCCCAUCCACCCACUCCGGGGUCAGGUCGUGUGGGCAGCAGAAGACAAGACGUAACUUAUUGUUUUACUUACCUGGAUCUGACUAGUUAGAGGACCGGUGCAGCGUGUCAAAUACGUGGCACUCAGCUAUGCACUACUCGGCACUUAUAUAUGAAGCCGGAGGUGUUUAAUCAUAUUGGUCGUGCAGCCACCUUUGCAUGAUACAGCUGUGUUGCAAAUGUUGCACUGAGCUGACUGUUCGUUUUUCUUUGUGAAGUUGAGCAAAACUUUUGAACGCCGCCGCACCGUUGAAAUCAAGUUGCAGUGCACGAACACACACUUCAUGUGGCUUCUUCUUCGUGGUGUUUUUUUUCCCACUCGGCAGUCAGUGCACAGAAACAUGGAAUCGAAAUUUAAAAAAUUUGAACGGUUCCGGGAGCAUUGGAGUGUUAGUCCUGGAUCCCAUCGGUGCAAGAUGCCCAACCCAAAUUAUAAUGGUGAUUUUAUUCGAAACUGUUGCACAAGAAUGUACUGUACUUAUAGUUACUGACCACUUUUUAACAGCUCGAUGUUUGUAUUUUGUGGGUUGUUUGUUGUAUUUAAACUGGCGCUAUUAAGGCUUAUGAAUUCAGCUCAGAGAUUUGUUUUCAUGUUUACCUUUGCAGAAUUUGGUUGAUUAUAUGUUACAAUGAUGCUUGAAUUUUGAAUUAUUUGUUGGAUUCUGAAGACCACUUAUGUUUGUGUUGUUGUAGAUUUUAGUUCUUAGCUCUUGUUUCAAUUAUUAUGUGAAGGGCAUACUCUGUGGAAAAAUUACAAUGAUUGGUAUGCCAAUAGAUGGGUUUAUAGAGUGUCUUGCCAUCCAGUUAGUGUCAAAUUAAACAAAUAUGUGAACUGUUGUGCUAUUACCUGCAUACAGUAUUUCUGAAAAUGUGUUUGAGGGUGUUGGUGUUGGUUUUGAUUUACACACACAUCAACAGCCCAAAAAAUGUCUGGGUUCAAUAACAGUCAUCUUCACUGUGCUGUUCACUUUUGGCAUCAUGAGACCAAAAAAAUGUCAAAGAUUUAAUUAACAGUGCCAAUGGAUGUUAUCACUGAUCUCAGAGUGUCACAAUGUGUCAUCAGCAGGUUGCAAGAGACUGCACGAGGCGUAGAAAGGACAACUUAACUACAAAAAGUCCUUUAACUAUUGCACAGUUGGAAAUGUGUCCAAAAGUUGAGGUCAAAUCACAUUGGCCUAUAAACAAAUAUCUUAAAAGGAGAAGUGUUAAGUAAAAAGACACACUUACAACACAUACAAGUACUGCCGAUGUCAAAGAAAAAAAUGUCUCUAUGACAACUCAUAUUAAAAUAGGCUCAUAAGUAGGAUUGUUCCGAUCAUGUUUUUUUGCUCCCGAUCGUUUUAGUUUGAGUAUCUGCCGAUCCCGUUAUUUCCCGAUCCGAUUGCUUUUUUUAUGCUCCCAAUUCAAUUCCAAUCAUUCCCGAUAAUUUUUCCCGAUCAUAUACAUUUUGGCAAUGCAUUAAGAAAAAAAUGAAUAAAACUCGGACGAAUAUAUACAUUCAACAUACAGUACAUAAGUAUUGUAUUUGUUUAUUAUGACAGUAAAUCCUCAAGAUGGCAUUUACAUUAUUAACAUUCUUUCUGUGAGAAGGAUCCACGGAUAGAAAGACUUGUAAUUCUUAAAGGAUAAAUGUGACUUUGUAUAUUGUGACUAAAUAUUGCCAUCUAGUGUAUUUGUUGAGCUUUCAGUAAAUUAUACUGUAGCCAUUUAACUUCUGCCCAAAUGCAUGAUGGGAAGUGCAACCAUGACUGUGAGUCGUGGUACCAAUUGAUAUAUCUUCUCUGCGUUGGGAAAUAACAUAGGGUGUUAAGAAAAAGAUCAACUACUACCUUUGUUCCCCACAUUGCUUCCCACGAUUAUUCUAAUCGUUGGGAGAGGGAUUGUAAGGCUUUAGCCAUUUAACAAAAGGCUCCAAAGACUGCCAAAAUUCACUCUACUCAUGUUACGCUGCCUUUUAGCUCUAUAUACCAUAUAAGCAAAACGGCGCCAUUAUAGAUUGAACACGACAAUGCGUGAGUGGGUCGUGCAGCGCAUGCGUUAAUUGCGUUAAAUAUUGUAACGUGAUAAAUAUAAAAAAUAUUGAUUAUCGCCGUUAACGCGAUAAAUUUGAUAACCCUACCUUAAGCUUAAACUAAAGACUCUGGAAGAGUGUAACACAUUAUGUCUUCAACGUUAAAUACAAUUAGAAAACGAUUUAAUUAAAAAAUAUACUGUAUGUAUAUUAAAAAAAAGGCAUGUCGGCCAUGUCCGAUAUUUUUUGCUGAUUCCGAUACUUUGAAAAUGACGUGAUCGGACCCG